AUUUACACUCGGAUCCCGAGGCUUUAUUGUCGGUGACGAACAAAACAAAAGCAUGCAGCAACAUCACUAACUUUAUCGGUUUCUGUUUAGAAAGACAGAUAUAUAAGCCUUCAGAUUGCAUAUUUACCGCCUGCAGGUGAGAGUAAAACCCCGAUACCCGGAGAAAAACAACAAAACGAACCCAUAAACUUGAUGUUAGGCGAGCUCGCGCUCCUGCAGGAGUUCCGGGUGACAUGUGGCUCAUCUUCCUUUCCGCGGCUUUCACGGCCCUCGCCGGUUUCCUCACGGCUCUGUUAUUUGGAAGAAAUAGAAGUGUUUGGGGAAAGACCCAUGCAGAGCCAGCAGAAGUGUUUCCACCCUGUGAAGAGGAGCAGGAGGAGAACACUGAGCCUCACAGCUCUCAGGAAACGCUUCCAGGACUCCGCGAACCCCGGGCUGCAUCUGAAUAUCCGGCGCAGACAACCGAAGACCUGCCAGAUGAACCGUGUCCCUCAAACCAGCAGGAGAUUGUUGAGGACCAGAGCGAGCAAGCUGUGAAGAAUGAUGAGUCUUCAAGCGCUCCGUCAGUAAACAGGAUGGAUGAUGAGGAUCAGACCCUAAAGUACAUGCCUGGUAGGUUGCGGACGAGCCAGCUUGAGAAGAUGAUGAGUAAAGAAGAACUGGAGGAAGAACAGAGAGUUCAGAGGGAACAGCUCGCUGCAAUCUUCAAGCUGCUGAAAGAAAACCAGGACACUUUCGGGGAGGUGACGGAGAAGGACAUGGAGGAACAGCUGAAGCUUUACUCCAUCUGAAACAACUGCACUGGUCUGCCAUCAUGGAAAUGGAACGUUAAUGCUAAUAGUCGUCACCGUUUCUGCUGUUCGGAAGUGGGUGGGGUAGAGGGUCAGGCAGGAAGGUGGGGGAGGGGCAUUUUAAAGUCCAGAACAGUGUUAGACAUUCUGUCAUGUGAGAAAAAACUGGGUAAUUAAUAAAGUUCAAAGUGUCUUAAGACUUAAACUGCACACAAUUCACAACCUUGUUCGUAAAAAAUAGGUGUAGAAGUGUGUGUGAGAGAGAGAGAGAGAGAGAGAUAACCCUAGGCACCCUGAAUUUUUUUUUUAAACACAGAUUUUGUUAUAGGUGUUUAUGUUAUGACCCCUGCAGCAUUUAAUUGUUUUGCAAUGUAUUGUUCCAGACAGAAAAAUCUACAGAAAGUAACAUAAUACACAACACACUGGGAUUUUUACCUGCAGAAGCAAGUGCAACAGUUCAAUUCUCCAAAUGAACUUCUCCAAGAUCCUCUUAAAAACUUCCCAACUGGUUUCCUGAUAGAAAAAUCACAAAGUGUAGAACAAGCGUAACGUGUUGCAGGCAGCAAAUUCAGAAGGAAUAUUUGCAAAAAACAAAAACAAACCAACAGACAAACAAUAAAGUUUAUCAGUUUGAACAUCAAA